AUGAAAUCGCCAGACAAGAUCACGGUGUAUCAGAAGCUCGUCCCAGACCCAUCAGCGUCACUCUCAUCGCAAUCUGCCUUUCAGCUUCAGGUCAUGAUUCUUUCGGAAGCCCGCCAACGGCCUGCAGCUCGGUGUCAUGAGGAUAUUGUCAUCUACGACUACAAAAAGAACCAAAAGACCCCGGAGACACCGCCAUUUAUCUAUGAACAGUUUAAGAGUAUUUGGGAACUUCAAGAGAAUGCCAAAAAAUAUUGGCAGGAUAGAAUUCUAGAUAUUGAGAAUCGGGUCCGAACUCUCGAGGUUGAGAGCUGGGACCGGGCUGAUGCGGUUGAGGAUACAGGAUCUGCAUAG